AUGUCGAGCAAAUUUGCAGAAGCACACAUCGGAGAACCUCAAGAUAUAUUCAACGACCAUAGCAUGGAUCACAACGUGGCUGAGAAGGAUGCGACCACAGCGGACGCUCAUGACAUGCAUCGCAUGGGAAAGACGCAGGAAACCCGGCGGAACUUCCGUUCUAUCACCAUUCUAGGAUUCUGCAUAGUUCUUCUUUCGACUUGGGAGACUAUCCUUGCCACAUCCGUCUUUGCUCUUGCCAAUGGAGGAACAGCAGGGCUUAUCUGGGGAUACUUCAUCGUCAUGAUUGGGUUCGGCUUCGUUGUUGCUUCGCUGGCUGAAAUGGCAUCGAUGGCACCAACGGCUGGCGCACAGUACCACUGGGUAUCAGAGUUCGCACCACCAAGCUGCCAGAAGUUUCUCAGCUAUCUGGUAGGUUGGCUCGGGGUUCUGGGCUGGCAGACCGGUGCAGCAACCGUUUCGUAUCUUUCCGGCAAACAGAUCCAGGGCCUCAUCAUCUUGAACAAUCCGUCGUACAUUCCGAAGGCGUGGCACGGAACGCUCCUCAUCUGGGCUGUCCUGGCCAUUUGCUUGGUGUUCAACACAUACCUCUCUCGCCAUCUACCAUUGAUAGAAGGAGGCGUCGUCAUACUGCACGUUGCUGGAUUCUUCGCUGUCGUAAUUCCACUCUGGGUCAUGAGCGAUAGAAGCCACUCUUCCAGCGACGUCUUCACGGUCUUUGAGGACAAUAUGAUGUGGGGGAAUAUUCCGCUCGCGGUCAUUCUUGGCCUCACGAGCGCUACCAGCUCCUUCGUUGGCGUUGAAGCGGGAGCACACAUGGCGGAGGAGGUACGCGAUGCUGCCCAUGUGAUUCCGCGCGCUAUGAUGUGGACGUGGCUCGGGAACGGGCUGCUCGGCUGGAUCAUGGCAAUCACCUUCUGCUUCUGCGUCACCGACACAGUCUCUGUACUUACGACCCCACUUGGCACGCCUUUCAUUCAAGUUUUCGUCGACACGACCAAGUCCGUAGGCGGCGCGACUGCGCUGACGGUUUUGAUGUUGGUCGUUGCGAUUUUCGCUUGCGUUGCUAUCAUGGCAACAAGUUCACGCCAGGUAUUUGCCUUCGCGCGUGAUAAUGGCGUCCCAUUUGCGCAUGUCUUCAGCAAGGUUCGUCAAAAGCCUACUUCGCCAUGGCUAUCACUUCAACCGAGAACUGACGGCGAGUAG